CCGAGUCAAGCCCGGGUAAUUCAAAAAAAUUAAAAAUAUAUAAAUCUAACUAAUUGUAAACAAAUGGCCCCUUUAAAGUUUCGGAAGAUUGCAGUAUUGGGGUAUAGAUCAGUCGGAAAGUCAUCGCUAACAAUCCAAUUUGUGGAAGGACAAUUCAUCGAAUGCUAUGACCCUACAAUUGAGAAUACUUUUAAUAAAACCAUAAAUUUUGAUGGACAGGACUUCUAUCUGCAACUGGUGGAUACUGCUGGGCAGGAUGAGUACUCUAUAUUCAGCCGGUCCCACACCGUGGAUGUUCACGGCUAUGUUUUGGUUUACUCUGUAACAUCAAUGAAAAGCUUUGAAGUGAUUAAGGUGAUUCACAGUAAACUGCUAGAUAUGGUGGGAAAAAUCCAAAUACCAACAGUGCUGGUUGCAAAUAAGAGGGAUCUUUCUAAACAAAGGGUGGUGCAGACCGAAGAAGGGAAGAAGCUUGCAGAUUCCUGGGGGGCUGCUUUCUUGGAAUCCUCAGCAAAACAGAAUGAUACUACAGUACAAAUCUUCAAAAUGAUGAUCCAAGAAAUUGAAAAAGCCGACGGAUGUACACAAGACAGGAAAUGUGAUAUGAUGUAG